AUGUUAGGUAAAAGAUACAAUGGGAUACAGAACUUGAGAGAAAAUCCACUGAAAGCUCAGGAAAGAAGUGGCAUUGGCGUCAACCCUGAUGAAGACAGGGCAACUGCCAAGGGGCCUAAGGAAAGGGUUGCAGGCAGGCUCCCUAAUGCAGGGAAACGACGCGAGUGUAGGAGCAACAAACACCUGGUGAGCUCCAAGCAGCAGGCUGGUGUAGACAGUGGCAGCAGCCUACAUCUGAGAGAAGGGUCAAGAUCUAAGACCUGGGGCAAAGGCCGACUAUUGCGAACAGUUCAGGGAAAGUUCACAGUCUUCGGGUCGGGCUGGCUCUUUGCUCGACCAAAAUCAGGGGAGGAGGAUUUAAUUGUGAAGAAAAAAAUAGAGGAUUGGGCUAAUGGAUACUACAGACAACAGAGAAAACUUGUUGAAGAGAUUGGCUGGUCCUAUACAGGUGCACUGAAUCAAAAAAAUUGGGGAAAGAAAUAUCCAACAUGUAAUAGUCCAAAACAAUCUCCUAUCAAUAUUGAUGAAGAUCUUACACAAGUAAAUGUGAAUCUUAAGAAACUUAAAUUUCAGGGUUGGGAUAAAACAUCGUUGGAAAACACAUUCAUUCAUAACACUGGGAAAACAGUGGAAAUUAAUCUCACUAAUGACUACCGUGUCAGCGGAGGAGUUUCAGAAAUGGUGUUUAAAGCAAGCAAGAUAACUUUUCACUGGGGAAAAUGCAAUAUGUCAUCUGAUGGAUCAGAGCAUAGUUUAGAAGGACAAAAAUUUCCACUUGAGAUGCAAAUCUACUGCUUUGAUGCGGACCGAUUUUCAAGUUUUGAGGAAGCAGUUAAAGGAAAAGGGAAGUUAAGAGCUUUAUCCAUUUUGUUUGAGGUAAUAAUUAUACAUACAUUUUACACUAAUGUAAUUCCUUUUUAA